AUGGUAGUCAAUUCAUCCAAGCGCAGGUCAUCCAAGCGCAAGCAACCUGAGCCUAGCGACAAACGAAAAUCUUCUUCAGAAACAUUGCCGACCAACUGCCAUAAAGUAGCCUUUGACCCUCAGAGUCCCGAAGCUCUGAAGAAGCGUGCAACAAAUUCAUCUAUGGGUCCACCAUCUUUACCAAAAGCUUCUCGAAGUCAAGAUUCCGGCCAAAAAAAAGGUUCGCGGAAACGAGCGCCAGCUUCAGCUCGGAUGCAAUACAAUACUCCGGUUCCAUCUGAUCUUCGAUUGCCUCCGGCUCCAGUCCGACCUCCUUCUCAAGUCUCAAAAUCGCCUUCUUUUAUCCUCACUCCGGUCAUACCUUCGCAGUCUACGUUCGCAGCUGUGGCCGAACCUCAGAAUACCGUGCCAAGCUGGCCAGGACCAUCAUGGCUUCCGCCAGCGACGAGACCUCAGGGAAUAGUACGAAACCAACCUCUAGGUGUAGUCACAGGAGGAAGCCGAUAUCCAAAGCGUGGACAGCCAGCAGAAUUUAUGGAAAUUCAAACCUACAAAAAGACCAAGGUCGCACCCCUGCCUCACGAAACGGGAAUGAUCAAGACUGUUAUUGGUACCGAAACUGUGUUGCAAUUCCGUGCCACAGACAGCCUAGGCGAGCGCAAAACUUGGCCCGUCAUCUCAUUUGGUAGUAACGGGCCUUUUCCUCGAUGGCGCCUGUUUCAGCAUGACCCAGACCUCCCGAAGGGCAGGGAUCUUGCACUCGACUUAAUCCGAACACAUCGAGACAGAACGAUCAUCCAAGGGCUCGACCACAACAGCCACCCCAAAUCUAAUGCCUCAAGCAUUGGUCUUGGAGCUCUUUACUGGGAAUUUCAAUAUGGCACAAAAGACACAUGGGGUGAUUUGAACAAAGAGCAGCUGUACGAGUUCGCCUACAAGUGCCUCGAGGAUGCAUUGAAUGAUUACCAGAACCGACAUGAAAUGCGUCUUCUGCUGAAACAGAUAAAUUUGAGCUCGGUUGCCAAUGUGGAAGAUCCAUUACCACAUCUCCCUAAACCGCCGCGAUUGACACACUUUGGACCUGAAGCUGGCGUCGCUGCGUGGCCGAAGAUGCCUCCACUUAUGAAAGGCGCUCCCAGGUACCACUUUGGCCAGGAAUAUCAGCGUCCUUAUAUGGCCGUUCGUGGAAGAGGUCACAAUAAAGCUUCGGUCACCGACUGGUUGAUUACCAGGAUGCGCCACCACAUGAAAGGGACAAUGGGCCGCCCUGGUGCGGUAAGUCGUUCACGGGAUCCCAGAGAUAAAUCUCCCCCUGCUGCGGCAGCUCCAGCCAACAGCGCAGAGAGAGAUUAUAGCAAAAGAUACACGGCUAAAAAAGAGGGCCUCAAAACGGGAGGUACGAACAAAGAGUUAGGUGGCAAAGCCUCCCACGUGUGUGAGUAG